AUGACCCUCUGCUGCUGCCCACCUUGCUGUCAGCCUAGCUGCUGCAGGACCACCUGCUGCAAGACCACCUCUUGCUGUGAAUCCAGCAGCUGCCCUGAGUCCAUCUGCUGCCAGCCUUGCUGUCCCCCAAGUUGCUGCUGCAUACCCUGCUGCCAGUCCAGCUGCUGCAACAUCAAGUCUGUCAGCAACUGCUGCCAGCCCUGUUGCCCACUAGCCUGCUCUGAAAGCACAUGCUGCAAGACCACCUGUUGCAAGCCAACCUGUGUGGGCAUCUGCUGCAGCACACCCUGCUGCCAGCCCUGCUGCUGUGAGCCCAGCUGCUGCCAGCCCAGCUCCAUAAAGAUCAGCUGUCAACCAACUUGCUGUGAAACCAGUUGCUGCAAGAAUACCUGUUGCAAAACCUCUUGCUGCCAGCCUACCUGCUGCUGCAGGAUGACCUGUUGUAAGCCAACUUGUGUUACCACCUGCUGCAGCACACCUUGCUGCCAGCCCAGGUGUUGUGAAACCACCUGCUGCAGGACAACCUUCUGUAAGCCAACCUGUGAGGCCAGCUGCUACCAGCCUUGCUGCCAACCCAACAGCUGCAAAACGAUCUGCUGCAGGACCAGCUGCUAUAAGCCAACCUGUGUAACCAGCUGCUGCCAGCCCAGCUGCUGUGAAACCACCUGUUGGAAGACCACCUGCUGUAAGCCAACCUGUGUGACCAGCUGCUGCCAGCCCAGCUGCUGUGAAACCACCUGUUGUAGGACCACCUGCUGUAAGCCAACCUGUGUGACCAGCUGCUGCCAGCCCAGCUGCUGUGAGUCCAGCUGCUGCCAGCCAAGCUGCUGUGAGUCCAACUGCUGCCAGUCCUGCUGCCAGCCCAGCUGUUGUGAAUCCAGCUGCUGCCAGCCCAGCUGUUGUGAGUCCAGCUGCUGCCAGCCUAGCUGCUGCCCAACCUGCUAUGAAACCACCUGCUGCUAG